AUGGCGGGGGCUGAGCGCGGGCUGCGCGGGCUGGGCGCCGGGAACGGCCCCGGGCCGGGCUGCCCGUGGCACGGCGCCGCGCCGCGCCGCGCCGAGCCGGGCCGGGGCGCGCUCCGGCCGCGCCCCGCGCCCCGCGCCGCGCCGCGGGACGACGAGAGAGUGUCGCUGGCAGAGCUGUCACUGAUGAACAAGUUGAUCCACACAUCCCUGGUGGAGUCCAAGCAGCACGUGGAGAUCCUGCAGCGGGACCCCAGCUCCCCACUCUUUUCCAUCAAGACCUUUGAGGAGCUGCCCCUGAAGAAGGAGCUCUUGCAGGGGGUUUAUAUGAUGGGCUUCAACAGACCAUCCAAAAUCCAGGAGCAGGCUCUGCCAGUCAUGCUGGCGUACCCGCCCCAAAAUCUGAUUGCCCAGAGCCAGUCAGGGACAGGGAAAACAGCAGCUUUUGUCUUGGCCAUGCUGAGCAGAGCCAGUGCCAGCGAGAAAUAUCCGCAGUGCCUCUGCCUGGCUCCCACCUACGAGCUGGCUCUGCAGAUCGGGCAGGUGGUGCGCGCCAUUGGGAAGUUCUGCACUGACAUCAAGGUGAACUAUGCUGUCCGGGGAAACCGAGUUCUGAAGGGCACAGUGCUGGAGGAGCAGAUCAUCAUCGGAACACCAGGCACCACUCUGGACUGGUGCUUCAAACAACGUGUCCUGGACCUGACAAAGAUCUCCUUGUUCGUGCUGGAUGAGGCUGACAUCAUGAUUGACACGCAGGGCCUCUCCUGCCAGAGCAUCCGCAUCCAAAGGGCUCUUCCCAACAGCUGCCAAGUGCUGCUGUUCUCAGCCACUUACAAGGAGCCCGUGCGGGCCUUUGCGGAGCGGAUCAUCCCCAACCCCAUCGUGAUCAAGCUGCGUGAGGAGGAGCUCACCCUGAGCAACAUCAGGCAGUACUUCAUGGUGUGCCAGAGCUCGGACGAGCAGUACAGGGCCCUCUGCAACCUCUAUGGCAGCUUCAUCAUCGGUCAGGUCAUGAUCUUCUGCCAGACCCGGAGGCAGGCAGACUGGCUGUCAGGGAAGAUGAGCCGGGACGGGCACCAAGUGGCCAUCCUGACAGCAGAGCUGACGGUGGUGCAGCGGGCCAGCGUCAUCCAGCGCUUCCGUGAGGGCAAGGAGAAGGUCCUCAUCGCCACCAACGUCUGUGCCAGAGGCAUUGAUGUGCAGCAGGUCACCACCGUGGUGAACUUCGGCCUCCCCGUGGACGAGGACGGCGAGCCGGAUUUUGAGACCUACCUGCACCGCAUUGGGAGGGCGGGACGCUUCGGGCACCGCGGCAUCGCCUUCAGCGUGGUGCAGAGAGACACCGUGCAGCUGGUGCACAAGAUAGAGGAGUAUUUCCAGACCACGAUCAAGCAGCUGGAUCCGUACGACAUGGACGAGCUGGAGAAGCUUGCAGCUGAGUGAGAAGCAGGGAUUCGUUAUCCCAAACCCAAGUUGUAGUUCUAAACGGGAGGGAAAGUUACAGGGGAAGACUUCCCGGUGGUUCUCGUAUCCUCCUGAAGCUGUUGAGUUCUGUUGUGUUGCCUGAGGAGAGGCUGGAGCGAACCUCGUCUCACUAGAUGGCAGCAGGAGUCCACUGCUGCCAUCCCAGAUCCCGCGGCAAAACCCAAGUGUCGGGGUCCAGCAGUGCAGGAGAGAGGCUGGACCCCCAGGGAUCCAAAAUCAGGGUGUUCAGGAUCCUGUUGGUGAGGGAGAGAGGCUGGACCCCAGGGGUCUGAAAUCCAAGUGUUCGGGGCCCUGGCAGUGUGGACAGAAGUUGGACUCCAGGGACUGGGCUGUGUUUGUGCCCUUGUUAAUCUUUAAUAAAGAAAUUGUUUGUAGUCAG